AUGGUAAACAUCGACGACAUACGUAUCGUACCCACGAAGGACUUCCUCGACAAAAUCCUGCCCAUCCAUCACUCAGUCCUCGACAAAAUCUACACAAAUGUCACGAAACUCGAGCCGGGGCUCUAUGGUGAGGAACGACGCUGGAGGGGCUUUCCACCCAGCGGGGAAGCGUUCGAAGAAGAUCAGCUCUAUCCGCCGUUCGUCGAAGCUGCGAACAAGAUUGCGGAUGCGGCGAGGAACGUACACAAGGACGAAGACGAUCAAGUCCGUGAAGCUGUCUGGGUGGACUACCACUCUAGCACUCCGCAACCUCUCGACCCCGACGAUGGCGUUGAAUGCGUUCGGCCCGAUUGCGCACUCGCGCUGGGUGGGAUGAGAAGCACAAUCCAAGAACUUGAAGAUCUUUCUAUUCCGGCACAGCAGAAGGAGGCACUCUGGUGGCUACAGUGUGUGGCCCCAGUAGAGGCCAAACGCGACCACCGCCAGAACGCGGAAAAGCUCGUCGCUCAGCUCGUUGAUUAUCUGCGCUUGACCAUGGUUAAGCAGCAGGACCGACGUUUUGCGCUCGGCCUCAUCCUCAGUUGCGAUGAAGUCUCUGUUUGGUGCCUCGAUAGGUCUGGGGUGCUAGGCAUGGACGUGCCAAUCAAGAUACACGAGAACCCAAGGGAAUUCGUUCACGUCAUGGCCGCGUUGGCCAUCUUGCCUGCACAUUGUCUCGGCUUUGACCCUAGCAUGCGGCUCGCACGCGAGCCUCGGUCCCCCAUUCACACGUACCGACUGUCGUCACAAGGCCCGGAUAGGUUCGACAUCGCAGUGUACAAGAAGAAUGAAUGUGCAACGCAAUGGGUGAUCACCACAGAGAAGGACACCUUCUUGACGCUGAAGGCGCUGAGUGAGCUUCGCACCGACCAAGUGAUUGGCAGCGGCUGUGUGGUGUGGGCGGUCGUUCGAUAUGAUGAACGUCACCAAAGUCCGGACACGCGCGCGGUUUAUGUGCUGAAGCAGUGGUGGAAGUCUGAGGGCGGGGUGGAUGAAGGUGCUAUGUACGAGCACCUGCAGAAGAUCAGCGAUGAGACACCCGACCCAGAUGCACAGUACAUUGGCCGGAUGCAUUACCACGAGACUGUGAAAAUUGCGGGCGAGGCCGACAGCACUGACGGUCUCAUACAGAGGGGCCUCAAAUCGGCGCCAGUGCCUCCAGCCCCAAGGCCUGUAGCCUCCCAGAAGAGAUAUCGCGACAUCGAUGAAGACAUGGAGCUACUUCAUGGGAGAAGUGUACCCAUCAUCAUUGAUGACAUGGUCGCGCUAUACAACGUCGGACCAAACGCGACAGCGCCCCGGAAGCGCACUCGUAUGCGGGUCAUCCUAGCGGUGUUCGGCUGUUCUAUGAGGUUCUUCACUACGCUGCGGGAGCUAAUUGAGCUCCUUUUGCACGGUGUUCGCGGACAUCGGUUCGCCUACGUCCACGGCGUCCUUCACCGCGACGUCAGCGCCGCGAAUCUGCUUAUAGCUCCAGCUGAUAGUGGGACUGGCCCGCAGCCCCAUUCUCAGGGCGUUCGAGGCUGCCUCAUCGACUUCGGCCAUGCGAAAAGAAUUCAAACCGUGGCGGAGCGCAAGAUCAGUUUCGAAGAAAUCGAUACUCCCCUUCUUCCUAUGUACCUUCAAGCAUGGGAGUCGCCGCCGGGCCAAGUGAGCGAAGCGGUGGUCCAGCGCGCUCAUCAUCUAAUCAGGCUCCGGUACGAACGCUCUAACCCACCGGAGCACCCCACUCUCAUCGGGACCAAACCUUCUGUGCCACCGGCGUACUACAUGAUGAACGUCGUCCAAUACAUUCACGCUGCGUUCCGCUAUCACAAGAGUUCGGGGCUGACACCGCCGGCGGACGAUGUUUACACUCCAGAGGAUUUGGGUUGGAACACGGCAUUGCUGACACCUCCUCGCGAGUCUGACACCACUUCCAACACCACCCCGAAACGAGAACCCCGCUCCGGCACUCCCCCUUAUGCUAGCGCCAAGAUACUUAACUCGGGCGGUGUCACAGUCGGACGGCAUGACUCCGAGGUGACAGGCGCUCUGCAAUCUUAUCCGGUCGUGCAUGAUGCAAUUCACGACAUGGAGUCCUUCUUCUGGGUCUUGCUCUACAUAUGCAUCACACGCUCAGGACCAGGUGGCGAUCGGCGGAAGGAACUCACCGAAGACUUCAACGCUGCUAGUGAGCCCAGCCGCACACAGAUCUUGGAACUGCGCCGGAUGGUCCAUUGCUUCUUCGAUGGUGGCCUGGAGAUCAUCGCGUGGAACAAGAAGGAUCUGUUCGAAAGCUCCAGCAAGGAGUUCGAGACGCACCUCCUUGUCCACGUCCACAGCUACUUCGAGCCGCUCAAGCCCUUGUUGCGUCAAUGGUGGGAACUACUGUUGCUUGCAUACAAGUUCGAGGGCUACGAGUACCACAACAUCCACAAGUUUGUGAUCGAGCUUCUGGAGAGGGCAUUGGAGAUGGUGCGCGAGCUCCCGGCCAACAAGUCGACGGACGACGAGCAGCGAACCCGGAAUGCGGCAAAGAAGAGAGACGACUUCGUGCACGGGGUCACCCAUGCCAACGUGCUUGUUCGGGCAGCGCAGGUCGGAAUAGCUGAGCCUCCGUUAAGCCACACUGGGAUUCGAACUACGGCUGCUUUCGAUGGCACUCUGGAGUCCGAGAAACAGCAGGCUGUCGGCGCGCGCGACGUCCCGCCGUCCCCGACCUCUCCCAUCAAGAAGAAGGCCAAGUAUGUGCAUGACCAGGUAUCGUAUGUCCCACCAUGCCUCACGCUCUGA